GCCCACGAACGGCCCCACCUCCCGCCCUUGGUGGCAGCCGAGGUGUCUUGACCGAAAUGGUAACGGUCUCCACGGGCGGAGUGAGGGGGAGGCUGACAGGGGCGUGCGAGCCCGGUCCGGACUCUGGCGACUGGGGAAGCUUCUCGGGCGCCGCCGCCCUCGGGCUUUAUCUCGCCUCCCCGGGAGGCGUCACUGGCUUAACUUUUUUUUCCUCCAAAGGAGGAGGAGGAGGAUUCCCUUUAACAGCUGUUUGCUCACCACCCUCGUGAAUUACUAUUUCGAUCUGAGAGAACUAGAUGUAGAGACCGGGGGUGGGGGGAGCGCGGAAGAGCCUGUUCCUUUACCACGUGAGGUGAUUGGAAACGUGUCCCCGAGACUCACAACAAAUCACCACUUCUCAAAUAACCAAACUCCCCUCGAGGAGAUCCGGGACAGAAAAGAGACUUAGAGGCGCGUGUCUAGACGCUGUCCCCCGGGGUGGAUUCCUCCGGCGAGAGAGGCAAAGGGAGUAACUCGGAGCAGCUUUUUUCCAGUAGUUAACUAUUCUUAAAUAUGCCAUCUGUUGAAUAUUGCUUUUUUUUUCUUUGUGCCGUGUACGUUUCUGAGUAUAAAGUCUGCCAUGGAUGACAUGAAAGCCUAGAGAAAAGUGUGUGCUGAGUUCGUCACCUCCUUUUAGACUCAGAUUUGCGAAGUUUUCAGGCAUUGCUCUUGAAGAUCUCAGAAAGGCCUUUAAAAUAAGGCUGCAAAUGGUGUGUGUCUUUAUCAUGAACCGAAUGAAUUCCCAGAGCAGUGGUUUCGCUCAGCGCCGGAGAAUGGCUCUCGGGAUUGUUAUGCUCCUUCUUGUUGAUGUGAUAUGGGUGGCAUCCUCAGAGCUCACUUCGGUAUGUAAUUCUUGUCCAGGAAUGAUGUCCUCUGAGUAUGUUUUUACUCAGUACAACAAACCAUUCUUCAGCACCUUUGCAAAAACAUCUAUGUUUGUUCUGUACCUUUUGGGCUUUAUUGUUUGGAAGCCAUGGAGACAACAGUGUACAAGAGGAUUUCGAGGAAAGCAUGCUACUUUUUUUGCAGAUGCUGAAGGUUACUUUGCUGCUUGCACAACAGAUACAACUAUGAAUAGUUCUUUGAGUGAACCUUUGUAUGUUCCUGUAAAAUUUCAUGAUCUUCCAAGUGAAAAACCAGAGAACACAAAUGUGGAUGCUCAAAAAACUCCCAAAAAGUCUCGUGUAAGGUUCAGUAACAUCAUGGAGAUUCGACAGCUGCCUUCGAGCCAUGCGUUGGAUGCUAAGUUGUCUCGCAUGUCACAUCCUGCUGUGAAAGAACAAGAGCCCUUACUCAAAACUGUGGGGAAACUUACUGCAACUCAAGUAGCAAAAAUUAGCUUUUUUUUUUGCUUUGUGUGGUUUUUGGCAAAUUUCUCAUAUCAAGAAGCACUUUCAGACACGCAGGUUGCUAUAGUUAAUAUUUUGUCCUCGACUUCUGGACUUUUCACCUUAAUCCUUGCUGCAGUGUUUCCAAGUAACAGUGGAGAUAGAUUUACUCUUUCUAAACUAUUAGCUGUAAUUUUAAGCAUUGGAGGUGUUGUGCUGGUAAACCUGUCAGGGUCUGAAAAAUCUUCUGGAAGAGAUACAAUAGGUUCCAUUUGGUCUCUUGUUGGAGCCAUGCUCUAUGCUGUCUAUAUUGUUAUGAUUAAGAGAAAAGUAGACAGAGAAGAUAAGUUGGAUAUUCCAAUGUUCUUUGGUUUUGUAGGUCUGUUUAAUCUGCUGCUCUUAUGGCCAGGUUUCUUUUUACUUCAUUAUACUGGAUUUGAGGACUUUGAGUUUCCCAAUAAAGUAGUAUUAAUGUGCAUUAUCAUUAAUGGCCUUAUUGGAACAGUUCUCUCAGAGUUCCUGUGGUUGUGGGGCUGCUUUCUUACCUCAUCAUUGAUAGGCACACUUGCACUAAGCCUGACAAUACCUCUGUCUAUAAUAGCUGACAUGUGUAUGAAAAAGGUGCAGUUUUCUUGGUUAUUUUUUGCAGGCGCUAUCCCUGUAUUUUUUUCAUUUUUUAUUGCAACUCUCCUAUGCCAUUAUAAUAAUUGGGAUCCUGUGAUGGUGGGAAUCAGAAGAGUUUUUGCCUUUAUAUGCAGAAAACAUCGAAUUCAGAGGGUUCCAGAAGACAGCGAACAGUGUGAGAGUCUCAUUCCUAUGCACGGUGUUUCUCAGGAGGAUGGAGCUAGUUAGCUGUUGUCUGUGGUCCAGCUUGAUAAUGGAACAUUCUACAGCGAAGAGACAAUCUCUGGCAAGUUUUUGUAGAAAAAAGUGUUUCAGUGCCUAGUCUGAAAAAUAACAGUUUCAGUUCUUUGGAACUCUAAAAUAUAUUUUCCUGAUACUGUUUUCUUCAUUUUCAUGAUGAAGUACUUUGCUGUGUAGCUGUGUGCAUAUCUCCACAGUUAUAGGAAGCUCCAGUCCACCUGAAGGACCAACCUGCCUUACACAUCUCAAGGAAUUCAGCUGAUAAAAUAAUUUGAACUAAUCAAGGAAUAAAAUCUUAGUGUUCUGGAGACUUUAUUUUCACAUAUUAUUUGUUAAAUGCUGAACUAUAUUAUGAAAAUGUUUCCCAGAAAUCAUUUAAGUAUAUAGAUCAGUAUUUCUUAUAGUUAAAAAGCUAAAAUAAGCUACCUAUAAUAGGUACGGAUUAUGAUUUUAAGUUUUGUAAAACAUUGCAAAUUAACACAAAAAAUGUUUAAUUUAUGCAACCAGUAUGUUCUUACAAAUUUGGUGGGACUUUAAAAAGAAUAUUUGAGAAAAUAUCUGGUUCACUUACACUACAUAUACUGUAUUAUCCUUUCAUAGCAUUAGGUGCCUUGUAUUUUAAAUCUGUGAAAAACCAUGACAGAUUUUUAAAGAGAAAGUAUUAUUGUAAAAUGAAGAAUUAAGUAUUUCUAAAGCCUGUAUUGCUGUAAAUUUAGUUGAUAAAAUUGUGCUUAAUUUAGAGUUUUGAAGAAAUGUUCUCUCUUCAGUUAAGACAUUUUCAUAAUGGGAUGAUUUAAAUUUGAAGUGAUAAAGAGUAUUAUUAAAAUAAAAUGUUUAUAUAUAUGUAUUUGUGUAUUACAGAUCUAUCAGUUGGUUUCUGAUUUUUUUCCACAUGUAAAUGUGCCAAAUUACUCUAGAACUGGGUACCACUUCUCUAAAUAAUUCUAGUUUUCACAAGUAAAUUUUUAAUGGUUAAAAUGCCAAAGAAGGAAGGCAAGAAGAAAUUGUACUUUAAAAAUUACGUUUGAAUUCUUUUCUCUGCCAAGCUUAAAUUAAAUGUAAAAUACCCCUAAUUGCAAAUCUUAAACUUAGGUGUUAUAUAUACUUAUUGUGCAGUUGCUCCUGGACUCUACUCACUGUAGACAUUGGUGGAUGGACAGGUCGCAGGGUUCAUCCAGGCUUUUGAUUAAUCUAGAACCCACUUCUUUUUCAAGUCUUUUGAGAAUAGUUCAUUUCUCUUCAAAAUUUCUUAGCAAAUCUGAUUUUUUUAAAAUUCUCUUUGCAGUGUUAGCUUCAGUUUGUCUUAUUUACCUUUUUUAAAUUGCUUUGGUGUUAUCAUGAGUCUAAAAUGAAGUUUAGCCAUCUUUCUGCCUGUCCUGAGACCUUUUAUAUUAUAUUAAUUUAAAAGAUUAUUUGUUUAUGAUAUUAAAUUAGAAAAAACAGGCAGCUGCUCUCCUAUUUGGUGCCACCAGUAAUUCUUGUUAAGCUAAAAAUAAUACUGAUUUUGUUAGCUUGACACAGGGUAAAGGCGUGUAAAGAAAGUGAACUUCUAAGGAUUAUUCUCUUCAAAAGAACUUAGCCGAGUAACGUUUCAGUUACUCAAAGACUAAUUUUGAUUGAAGUUUCUUAUUGAGACACCUCUACUUUUUGUUUUUGCCCUUUCACAGUUCACCAAUACUUCUCAGCAAUUUGCAGGAUGAAAUAGUUAAAACAGUGGAGAAGAAAUUCACAUUUUGAAUUAUUCCGUAAAUAUGGUAGGGAAAGAGGUUGAACUUAGAAUGUUUUGGUUGUUCAUGUGCUCUGUGUUCGCAGGUCACACAGGAUCCUGUGUCAUCACUGAGGGUUCUGGAAGCAGUAAGCCUUAGUUAACGUGCUGGGGAGAUCUUGAGGAGGUCUUCUUCCACUAGGCUGCUAUAUUUUUGUUUUUCAAAGAACAGCCUCUUCAGAGGAAGUGCCGUUAAAUUGGUUACCUGAAGCGUGAAUCACUGCAGCUUUGCUCGCCCCCGCCUCUUGUCUUUUCUCUCAGGUCUUUAUCCGAAUGGUUUUCAUGUUUGAAUACUGUAGCCAUGGCGAGUGAGCAGUUGAAGACUUCCUUUCUGUGCCUUUGUAGUUAAGAGUUCAUCUUCUCUAGAAAUAAAGUUGCGGUGGAUUGCUUCCUUUUGUUAUUACCCAGAACUCUCAGUAUCAAGGCCCUGGGAUCAGGGCAGGCACAUUGCAGGCCUUUGGAAAUGUUGGGAAGAGAUUAUGUUCAAGUAACUGCUAAUGACCUUGGUCCCUGUUAGAACGGUGUUGGCUCAUGAUUAUAUGUUUCUGAAUCUAAAGUCACAAAUAGGAAUUUCUAAUACCUUGUUUCAGUCGUCAUCUUUUCUUCCCAUACAUAAUUUAAAUCCCAUUAUUGUAUAAUGUUUCAAAUUAUGACCUUGAUUGAAAGAAGUCUGCUAUUUUGUUGAAAAGACUUUCUGUUAGAUGAACAUCAGAAUCUCUACUAAAACAAUACUGAAAAAUGAGGCAGCCUUAAAAGUGCAUAGGUGAAUGCUUUUGGGGGCUUAGAAAAGUCAUUAGGUAUAUUUAAUGCACCUAUGCUUAUUCCUUUAAAUAAAUUCUGAUUUUUAAAAAAAUUGAUUUAUUGGCUUCUGUCAGCCUGACUUAAUUAAUUCCUUAGAUUGAACUGAUCUUCCCCCUGGCAGCUGACGAACAAAGUUUAUUGUUUUGAACUGAGCUCGCAAGGUUAAAUGUGAGUGUUCUCAAAGGUAUACGGCCUUGUUUCAGGAAGAAUGCUAAUGCCCAUUUUACACUCAGUCAUGCAGAGCCAGUUUGGGGGUGCAAGGCGGGGCUUCUCUGGAAGCUGAGGUUUUUCGUAAGGCACUAUGGUAAGGUCUGUAGCUCUAAGCCUCAGUGAGCUGGUUGAAGAAGCAGAAUAUCUUUAAAGAAGGAUAAAAUACGAAUUAAUUAGAGUGUAUUUUUUCCAGAAUCAUAUUAGCAAAUAAAGGAAAUGUUAUUUUUAUUUUAAGCAAUUGUAAUUGUUAUAAUCCUGCUAUGUUUGUCCCUACUUUCCUUUUGAGGUAUUCUUUGUUACUAAAUAUUUUAGGAAGAAUUCACAGAAAUAAGAAAUAAGAGAAAGAUGAAUAUUAUCUGUGACAUCUUCAGAUUUAACUUAGCUAACAUAUUGUAUAUUGAUUUGAAGUUAGGGUUAUAUUUUAGUAUGUCUGUCAUUUACCAAAAAUUCCAUGUAGAUAAGUUGAGGUACAAUUACAUAGACUUGCAAUGUUGAGACCACCACAUUUCCUUUUGUUGUAGUAUCAGCCUCAUCCGUCCAUACAAAAAUUAAUAAUACCGUGUUUCAUAGUUUGCGCACUGUAUGUACACAGGAAACUUCCCUUUAAAUCGUAAGAGCCUUUAAUAAGCUGGGGACAGAGGGGAGUACAUUAUAAAUUAGAAGCAAAUAAUGACUUUUGGGAAUUUACUGUUAUAUUAACGUGAUGCUUUUUUGUUUUGCCAUCAGGCAGGAGCAUUGCAUGAUAAUUGAGAUCUUUAUUUUAACGUUAACUCUUACUAGAUUAUCUUAUUUUCAUUCUGAUUUUUUGGUUCGCUAAAAAAAAUUGUGGUUUAUAUAUCUUAACAACUAAGCACCAUUUUAAUGUCAUUGCAUUUUAAAAAACAAGUCUUUUCUAUAGAAUUUCCUAUAUGCAGUAUGCAUUAACUAUUAGAAUGUCAAAUAACAAAGUCACUGACAUCUAUUUAAGGAAAAUUACAUAGGAAAAGUGAUUAGUACUCUCUGAUUAGGCUGAAGUGCUGAAAUGCUAAUGUGAAAUGGCAAAAUCUGCAAUGAGAACAUUUUGAAUUUUUGGUAAUGUUAAUGUGAUUUUAUUUUUGAGUUGGGCAUUUGGGAUGGAGAAGUACUCAGAUGAAGACAUUUCCUUCAUGAUAUUUUAAUGUUGGGGAAAAAACCUUCAAAAUCAGAACUUUUAACAAGGCUCUUCAUGAAAAUGUUUUUAAUUUAAUUUUAGAUGUGAUUUCUUUCUUAAGAGCUUCUUUUAUUAACUUUAACUUAGAUCCUUGUAUGCUGAGCAUUCAGUAUUUCUCUACUUGGUUGUUUACCUACCUAGUUUUAACUGUGGCAAGUCAUAGAGAAUUUCAGUGGGUCCUUGCAAGGCAGGCAGGAGAUUUCUGUCCCAAGAGUCUUAUUUUUGACAUGUGGUGAAAACAGAUUCUUUAGAAUCUUAGUACCUGUAUUCGCUUAUUUGGAAUAGCUUUCACAUGUUUUUUCUUAUGAAAAAAUCCACGGUCAGUCAGUAACAUCCAAAGUGAAAUUUUGUUGAAGGCUAUCCUUGUCUUAAUUAUUAUGGUAUGAAGUAUAAUAUACUAAGUUCCUUUGGCUUGUGUAGUAGCUGAGUGUAAAGUUAUAUAUAUUUCAAUAUGCUUCAAGUAAAGUUUCAGAGAGACAGCAUGCUAAGCAGUGGUGGUUCUCAAACUUGAGUGAGCGUCAGCACCUGCUGGAGGGCUUGUGGGGCCAGCCCAGCUCUGAUUGAGUGGUUCUGAUUGAGUGGGUCUGCAGGAAUGCCUGGCAAUUUGCGUUUCUAGCAAGUUUCCAGGCAGUGGCGCUGCUGCUGGUCCGAGACCACACUUUGUGAAUCUUUACCCUGAGGAAAGAGCACUAACUUUGAAGUUCGAUUCCCCCCAUUAGCAGGUUUCUGUGGGGGGAAUUAUUUAAUGCAGGUAGGCCUACAUUUCCUCGGCUGUGAAAUGGAGUUAAUGCUACCUCCCUGGGACUGAGGAAUGAAAUAGUGAAGUUGGACAUGCCCAGCCCCGCGUGCCUGAGUGCUUGGUAAAUGCUGAUUCCCUCUGUCAGUCCUCCCCUCACUCUUCUCAAAUGGAAAGUGACGAGCUAAAUCCAGUGUCUUCUGCGUUCCUCUCUGAUUCUGUGACUCUCAAAGUUCUCCAGUUCAAGAGACAAUGCCCGGCCCCGUGUGUGUGCUGGGUGCUUUAUAGGGGGAGUAGUAAUAACAGUGAUACUACCUAGACCAUGGUUUUGGUUUUGGUUUUGCUGUGGUUAGGGCUUAGCAUCUAAACUCUUUAAUACGUCUUCAGUCAGGUUUAUAAAGCAGUGUUGAAGAAGUUACAUUCCAGCACAGUUUGAAUCCAUGCCUGGUUUAUGGGGGCUGAGGGUAUCAGAUAAAUGGGCUACUGUUUUCUGUGACUGACCUCAAAACUGUUUCCACUGCAUCGCCUCCUAAAAUGCGUGUUCAACAUAAGUCGUUUUCAUUACUUCCUUGAUUUUCAGACAGCAUUAAACGAGCUCCAAAACAAAUCCAAGCUAAAAGUGUGAGCAUGAUUUAACAUAGCAGCUAAUUAUUCAGUGUUUUAUUUAAAAGUAGUCACUAGGGUAUUCACUGUUGUAAAUUUAUAAUCUUAAAAGUUGACCAGGCUGAAAGUAUGAGGCUAAAAUACUAUCAGAUUUUCUCAUCCUUUAAUUCCAUCUUAUGAAAGAGAAUAACCGUAAGUAGGGGCCUUUUGUCUUCUCCUCACCAUCUAGAUCUGCUCUAUGGUAAAUAUGGGGAAGAGUACAGUCAGUAAAAAGCGUAUGUAACUAAUUGGCUGUGUUUGGAGACAUGUAUGGAACUUGAUCAAACUAUCUGCAUCCAUCCAGGGUGCUCUCAUUACACUGCUGACUGCUGGGUGCCAGCAGGAGGAGCCGGGGGCGUGCCCGGGAGGGCUUUCCUCACACGCUGGAUCCUGUAACUGCAUUUGAAAUAGCUAUUUUUAAAAACCUGAACAGAGGGAAACUAGAAAGAAUGAAGGCAAGACAUUGAAAAUGCAUGAAAUAUCUGAUAAUGGCAAAAAAAAAAAA